AUGGCCAGGAAUUUAUCUGUAAUCAUGAUCUUGAUCUUUGCCCUUUGGGUCAUGAAUCCCCUUCAUGAACUACAAUCAACAGCUGCUUUCUCUCAGACCACUGAUAAAAUUAAUUCAAAUUGGGAAUCUGGCAUCAACGUGGACUUGGCGGUUACCAUGCAACGGCAUCAUCUGCAACAGCUUUUCUACCGCUAUGGAGAGAAUGAUUCCUUGUCGGUUGAAGGGUUCAGAAAAUUGCUUCAGAACAUAGGCAUAGAUAAGAUUAAAAGAGUCCACAUCCACCAUGACCACCACCCUGACCAUGACCACCACCCUGACCAUGACCAUCACACUGACCAUGACCACCACUCUGACCAUGACCACCACACUGACCAUGACCACCAUUCUCACCGCAGUCAUGCUGCGGGUGGUAAAAACAAUCGGAAAGCCUGCCCAGAUCAUGAUUCUGAUAGUUCAGGUAAAACUCCUAGAACCAGCCAAGGAAAAGGCUCUCGCCCACUAGAGCAUGUGAAUGGUAGAAGGAACGUCAAGGAGAGUGUGAGUGCAAGUGAAGUGACCUCAGCUGUGUACAAUGCUGUCUCUGAAGGAACUCGCUUUCUAGAAACAGUAGAGACUCCGAAACAGGGGAAACGUCCCAAAGAUGCAAACCCUUCUACCCCACCCAGCAUCACAGAGAAGAGCCGAGUGGGCCGACUGAGCCGGCUAGCUAGUAGGAAAAGUAACGAGUCUCUGAGUGAGCCUAGGAAGAGCUUUAUGUAUUCCCGAAACACAAAUGACAAUAUUCAGGAGUGCUUCAAUGCAACAAAGCUGCUGACAUCCCAUGGCAUGAGCAUCCAGAUUCUGUUGAAUGCAACAGAGUUUAACUAUCUCUGCCCAGCCAUCAUCAAUCAAAUUGAUGCUCGGUCUUGUCUGAUUCAUACAGCAAGUGAGAAGAAGGCGGAAAUCCCUCAAAAGACCUAUUCUUUACAAAUAGCCUGGCUUGGUGGCUUCGUAGCCAUUUCCAUCAUCAGUUUCCUGUCUCUGCUGGGGGUCAUCUUGGUGCCACUCAUGAACCGGGUGUUUUUCAAGUUUCUGCUGAGUUUCCUCGUGGCGCUGGCUGUUGGUACUCUGAGUGGAGAUGCUCUGUUACAUCUUCUCCCACAUUCUCAUGCAAGUCAUCACCACAGUCAUAGCCACGAAGAACCAUCAAUGGAAAUGAAAAGAGGUCCAUUGUUCAGUCACCUGUCAGCUCAGAACAUAGAAGAAAGCACCUAUUUUGAUUCCACAUGGAAAGGUCUGACAGCUCUCGGGGGCUUAUAUUUCAUGUUUCUUGUGGAACACGUACUCACAUUGAUCAAGCAAUUUAAAGAUAAGAAAAAAAAGAAUCAAAAGAAACCUGAAAAUGAUGAGGAUGUGGAGAUAAAGAAGCAGCUGUCCAAAUACGAAUCUCAGCUUUCCACAACUGAGGAGAAGGUGGAUGCAGGUGAACGACCUGAAAGCUAUCUCCAGGCAGACUCCCAGGAGCCCUCGCCAUUUGAUUCCCAGCAGCCAACAAUGUUGGAAGAGGAAGAGGUCAUGAUAGCCCAUGCACACCCACAAGAAGUCUACAAUGAAUACGUGCCCAGGGGCUGCAAGAACAAGUGCCAUUCACACUUCCAUGAUACCCUGGGCCAGUCAGAUGACCUCAUUCACCACCAUCACGACUACCAUCACAUUCUGCACCACCACCACCACCAGAACCACCACCCCCACAGCCACAGCCAGCGCUAUUCUCGAGAGGAGCUAAAGGAUGCCGGCAUUGCGACAUUGGCCUGGAUGGUGAUCAUGGGCGAUGGGCUGCACAACUUCAGUGACGGCCUUGCGAUUGGUGCUGCUUUCACUGAGGGCCUGUCCAGUGGGCUGAGCACCUCUGUUGCUGUGUUCUGUCAUGAGCUGCCUCAUGAACUAGGUGACUUUGCUGUUUUGCUAAAGGCUGGCAUGACUGUCAAGCAGGCUGUUCUCUAUAAUGCCCUGUCUGCCAUGCUGGCGUAUCUUGGAAUGGCAACAGGAAUAUUCAUUGGACAUUAUGCUGAAAAUGUUUCUAUGUGGAUAUUUGCGCUUACUGCUGGCUUGUUCAUGUAUGUCGCUCUGGUUGACAUGGUGCCUGAGAUGCUGCACAAUGACGCUAGUGAUCACGGAUGCAGCCGUUGGGGAUAUUUCUUCCUGCAGAAUGCUGGGAUACUUCUGGGUUUCGGAAUUAUGUUACUCAUUUCCAUAUUUGAACAUAAAAUUGUGUUUCGUAUAAAUUUCUAAUUAGGUUCUAAGCCCUAGCAUAGACAAGCACUGCUGUUUGUAGUUGGAGUAGAUGACAGAAAUAUGUUCAUAUGCUGUGAUACACAGCAUGUAAAACUAGUGGAUUUUGUGAUUUUUGUAUCAAAUUUUGCCAUUUACUAUGCUUAUAAAGUCAGUUACGUUGGGAAACAUAAAGGUACGUUUUAAUAUUUAAGUUAUUCUGUUUUGGAAAUAUAAAUUCUAUGUGCGAUUCACCAGUAUUACCAGUUUAUUGUAUGUUUUGGCAUGACAUGUUCUGUGUAUUUUUAGAGAAAGUAUCUUUAAUACUCUUUUGUACAACUUUAAUAUUAGUUGCCUGCUGGAGUUAGACCCCUGCAGAGCUGUUAGUGGUGAGGAAGGAUGGGUGCAGAGCCACAGAUGCCAACAGUUUGGACUGAGUGUAACUAAAAAAUAGGAGGAAAGAAGAUCUGAAGGGCUGGAGAGGUGUCCAUUGCUUAGAAAACUCGAAAAAUUGGUUAUAAUGUAGAGAGGGAAGUUUCUAGAUGUGUAAAGGGACAUAUUUAGUGUGGAGUACAUUUGUGAACAUCUGUCAGAUUGUUAAUGUUCCUGUAAAAACAGUCAGCACUUUGAUACACUUAAUUUGGUUAUAUAUUUGUUUGUUUGUAUAAUAGAGAAGUCUAAAUGUAUUUAGUUAAUCCAAACAAUGUGUCAGUUGACAGAAACUAGGAUUUUAAAUCUGUGUAUGGAGAUAGGCCAGAUGAGUAACUAGCGUGUGUCACCAGAAGACUUGGUUUUCACCAACGGAUGUUACACUCAAAGUUACGUGAUUGUGUGUUCUGGUUGUCUAGGACCCCAAAUGGCAGGUAUUAAAACCUUGAUCCAUGUGAGGACGUUAAGACCCAUUCUGAAUAUAUUUUGACUUCUUGGAUUCAAAAAGCACUUGCUCUCUUUCAGUGCUUUAAAAUGUCAUUGUAAGCAACCGUCCUUUUAUGUAUGGCAUUGUAGAUGCAUUAGGGCUGUCUGUAGCACUGUCUAGAUGUUUCUUAAGAAAAUAAAAUUGUCAACUCAA